AAGCUCAUUGCCACCAUGCGGAGUAAGGCUUGGCCCAUGGCCAAGAAGCUUAGGGAACUCAGGGAGGCCCAAGAAUUUGUGGAGAAGUACGAAGGAGCUUUGGGAAAGGGGAAAGGCAAGCGGCUCUACGCCUACAGGAUGCUGAUGGCCAAGAAAUGGGUCAAAUUUAAGAGAGAUUUUGAUAAUUUCAAGACUCAGUGUAUUCCCUGGGAAAUGAAGAUCAAGGACAUUGAAAGUCACUUUGGUUCUUCGGUGGCUUCAUAUUUCAUCUUUCUCCGGUGGAUGUACGGAGUUAACCUUGUCCUUUUUGGCCUAAUAUUUGGUCUGGUCAUAAUCCCAGAGGUCCUGAUGGGCGUGCCCUACGGAAGUAUCCCCAGAAAGACAGUGCCUCGGGCAGAGGAAGAGAAAGCCAUGGAUUUUUCUGUCCUUUGGGAUUUUGAGGGCUACAUCAAGUAUUCUGCUCUCUUCUAUGGCUACUAUAACAACCAGCGGGCCAUCGGGUGGCUGAGAUACAGGUUGCCCAUGGCCUACUUCAUGGUGGGGGUCAGCGUGUUCGGCUACAGCCUGAUGAUUGUCAUUAGAUCGAUGGCCAGCAACACCCAGGGCACCACGAGCGAAGGGGAGAAUGAUAACUUCACAUUCAGCUUCAAGAUGUUCACCAGCUGGGACUACCUGAUUGGGAACUCGGAGACGGCAGACAAUAAAUACGCCUCUAUCACCACCAGCUUCAAGGAAUCUAUAGUGGAUGAGCAAGAGAGUAACAAAGAAGAAAAUAUCCAUCUGACAAGGUUUCUCCGUGUUCUGGCCAACUUUCUCAUCAUUUGCUGCUUGUGUGGAAGUGGGUACCUCAUUUACUUUGUCGUGAAGCGAUCCCAGGAGUUCUCCAAAAGGCAGAACGUCAGCUGGUAUGAAAGGAAUGAGGUAGAAAUUGUGAUGUCCCUGCUUGGGAUGUUUUGUCCCCCUUUGUUUGAAACCAUUGCUGCCCUGGAGAAUUAUCACCCACGCAUUGGACUCAAGUGGCAGCUGGGACGCAUCUUUGCACUCUUUCUGGGAAACCUCUACACAUUUCUCUUGGCCCUGAUGGAUGAUGUCCACCUCAAGCUGUCUAAUGAAGAGACCAUAAGAAACAUCACUCACUGGACUCUGUUCAACUAUUACAACUCCUCGGGUUGGAACGAGAGUGUCCCCCGGCCACCCCUGCACCCUGCGGAUGUGCCCCGGGGCUCUUGCUGGGAGACAGCCGUGGGCAUUGAAUUCAUGAGGCUGACCGUGUCCGACAUGCUGGUUACGUACAUCACCAUCCUGCUGGGGGACUUCCUGAGGGCAUGUUUUGUUCGGUUCAUGAACUACUGCUGGUGCUGGGACCUGGAGGCUGGCUUUGUAGGUCACUGCUUGACGGGCACUGCACAGUGGGCAUUUCAGCCAUCCUCCUUGAUCCAGCCAGACACCUUCCUGGGCAUUUCUUUAGACGCAGUGCUGCGGCCCAGGAUGGGCUCGUUCUACGCCCCGGGACUGGUGGGCAUCAACGUGCUGCGCCUGCUGACCUCCAUGUACUUCCAGUGCUGGGCAGUGAUGAGCAGCAACGUCCCCCACGAGCGUGUGUUCAAAGCCUCGCGAUCCAACAACUUCUACAUGGGCCUCCUGUUGCUGGUGCUCUUCCUCAGCCUGCUGCCCGUGGCCUACACCAUCAUGUCCCUCCCCCCCUCCUUUGACUGCGGGCCAUUCAGUGGGAAAAACAGAAUGUAUGACGUCAUUUAUGAGACCAUUGAAAACGACUUCCCGACCUUCCUGGGCAAGAUCUUUGCUUUCCUCGCCAACCCAGGCCUGAUCAUCCCAGCCAUCCUGCUGAUGUUCCUGGCAAUCUACUACCUGAACUCAGUUUCCAAAAGCCUCUCUCGAGCGAAUGCACAGCUGAGAAAGAAAAUCCAAGCACUCCGUGAAGAUGAGAAGAACCACAAGUCUGUCAGAGGCAGAACCACAGACAGAGACUCGGAGGACACAAGCAGAGGCAGCUCAAAUAACAUCACCCAGCUCCAGCUCACCACGGAAGGGACCACGCCUCGGCCUACCAGCCACAGCCAGCCCCCAGACAAGAAGGCGCAGGCCCCCGCCAGCUCCAGUUCUGCUGACCGGACUGUGCUGAGGGCCUCCCGGACCCUCCCUGUAUCUCCGCCCCCUGGCGUCAGACCAGAUUCUGGCCAAGCCCAACAUCAGACUCAGCCCUGGAGGUCGGGCUCUGGAAAGAGUGCUCAGAGGACUCCCCACUGA